AUGAGUAGGAACUACGAAGACAACAUUCUGCUGCUAUGUUAUGUUGAGCAAUUUCUGCAAGAGCUUGACGGAAAAUCAAGCACUGUAGAGGAGGCGGUGUGUCUCGGCGAACAGAUGGUCGGCUCUCUGGCGGACACAGACGAAGUUGCCAGGGAUUUGCAACAGCAGUUUCUUUCCACUCGACAGCAGUGGGGAUCCAUUUGCAAAGCGAUGAGCGAUCGGCUUAACGUCCUGAUGUCUGCUUUUGAACUGUGGAAAGAGUUUCAAGAGCUAAUGGCUGCUGAAAAAAUUGCGCUGGAUGAGAUGGAGAGUAAGCUGAAGGAACCGCGAAAGCCUGCCGCUGAUGCCGAAGAUUUUUCUGAACAGCUUGAUGAAUUAGAGAGAAUCAUUGAAAAUUGUAAUCGUCACGACAGGAUCAUGGAGAUCGCCACGUCUUUGCAGAGUCAGAGAAUGAUGCUGGCGGCGCUCGAAAACGAACUGACUAAAUACAAGGUUAGACGAAGCGAAGUACUGUUCCCGGCGUACGAGUUGCACAGUUAUUUGAAAGCAAGGGCUUGCGAGACGGAAGAGCAUGAGCGGCAGCUGAACGACUGUCUUUCGUGGAUCGAACACGUCGACAACAUACUAAGCGCCAGGCUUGAAUCGGACACAUUCGCGUCUGAUUUACCGGAAGAGUACGAAAAAGAAAUAUCGGGACUUCGAGCAAAGUUUGAGCACUUCAGCUGCGUUAGCAAUUUAGACACAAAGAUCAGCAGGCUAAAGCUGGUUCUCGAAGAGCUGAAAAGCGCGCUACUCACGUUGGACGUUUCCGCUGAUGACACCAUCGAACACAGGAAAAACACCAUCGAUAAACUGUCGGAAAUCGAGAAAAAAUUGCAGGAAGUAAAACCAGAAGUGAACGAGUUAGAAUUCAUGAAACGGCGACACCGAGACUCAGGCGAUGAACCGGGUGUCUCUGAUGACAGGUGCGCCAUCGCAGUAGAGCUGGUGCGCAGUUUUCAGCGCAUCUCGAAAAUGGUAAGCAGGUAUCUUCUGCUUUAGGU